GCCAGCGGACGUGUGUAUGUGCGCGCUCGCUCGCCCGCUUGCCGCCGCCGACGACGACGACGACGACGCCGCUGCCGCCGCCCGAGACGCGAACACCUUUGCCGAGUCGCGACACUAUAAUAUAUAUGAUAUUGGUUGUACGCGCGCGACCGCCAACCACCUGCCCGUUUUAUACAUACGUUAUAAAUCAUUAUAAUUACACACACACACACAGACAUACACACACACAUACACAUACACACACACACGCGCGCGUAUAUCUGUCGCAACACAUGUAUACACGUGUAUUGAAUUAAAAUAUUUUUUAACAGUAGCUGCGGUACACAUAUUUUAGACCGCAGUCUUGUCGUUAAAUUUCAGUCGGUUUUUAUUUUAUUUUAUUUUUUUUUUUAUGUGCGUUUUGAUAAAAAAUAAUAACAACAAUUUAAUUGUUAUCGUCGCAGUUGAACACCACGCCGUCGUACGUCAUUUAUAUGCGCCGUAGAUCACCGUCAACGUGAUGUUCCACGCGUAAAAAACAAAACAGACAAACAUUGGCCGUUGCGUGUGCCAGACAAUACAAUAUUAUUAUAGUAAACGCGAGCGUCAUCGUAUCGCUACAAUAAUAUUAUCGCCGUGUGACGGUGCAGUAAUUACCGCUGCACAAUCGUUAUGUAAUGGUUCGGGGGGGACGACGACGACGACGAUCGCAGCUAACACUAACCGCCGACUCUGGCAAAUCAAAAAAGUUAAUUAAACUUUUGGACUCUCGACGGCGACGUCGGCGGCGAAGACGACGACAAUGCGGGUCUGCUCUUGAACGGUGACACGCCGCUGUUGAACGAGUAUAUCUGCCACAUCCGAGUGGCGGACAUCAUCGGCCCGCUGUCUCUGGAUACUAGGGUUCAAACUCCGUGACCGAGAGAUACUCAUUUCCGAAAAAUAUAAACAAUAUAAUAUUACAGACCAACAACGCCCCGCCGAAAUCGAUUUUACUGUCAAUGCAAACCAUUGUAAAAAUAAAAUACACACCUCUCUUGUUGCACAACAUCGAUUUUCGUCAUGCAUAAUAGUGGUGAACAGCGCAAAACGCAUGCCGAACUUCUGCUCCCCGUAUUGUGUUUCGGUAUUCUUUUUGUUUUCGCCCUAUCGGCAAAAGCCUGACGUUCGUGCAGUACGACUACGUGCGUUUUUUACAUCUCCGCUGCUUAAACGAUAGCAUCGGAGCCUCUCGUUCGGUACUCAAUACGUUUCGCUGUACCGUCGACAGUCGAUGAAAUCAGAUGCCAAAACGAUGACACUUCGAGUCAAAGCAAUAAAAAUAGUUAUCAAAAUAUUUACGGCGUUAGCCAACCAACAAACAGAAAACUGUUCCCGACUGACCAAUAUUAUGCACCGACUUUAGCUAUAUCACCAACAUGGAACCAGAACAAAAUCGGAACAGUGGUGGCAGACCAACCACUACUGACACCGCCAUCACCACCACUACCGCCACCACUACAACCACAAACGCAACCGCCACCGUCUACGGCGACCAACAGGCUGUAGAGGCUGCGCUUAAUGAGUUCAUCGAUAAAAUGACACCUCGUGUUAACGUGCUGGAGAAUGAAGUGAUGUACGCAUGGCGAGCAUUGGACUUAUUGUCAGACGAGUACGUAAAAAUGUGGGAGCGCAUUGAAAAACUCGAAACCAUUAUUCAGAAUCAACAGUCUGUCAUCGGGCAAAUAGUUGAGAUAUGUGCAGAGCCGAUUACAUCUCCGUCAACAUACAUGGGACCACCGGAAGUCGGUGACCGUCCCGCACUGAGUAUGAUAUGGGAGGAAUCGGAAGGCAGCAGUAGUAAUGGUACUAAAAAGCCGUCGGAACAGAGGGAAGUGGAUUAUAGAGCGUACGAAGAUCGGUUAUUAAAUGAAGACCAGGAAAAAAUGGAUUCCGUCGAGUCUGCCAAAGAGAUUUUUGAAAAUAUAGAGCAAAUGGAGAGAAACAUGCGACAACUCUACGCUGAAGCCCAGUUGGAUAGUUGGAACGACGAGACGGAAAGAGCGGCAGCUGCUCUAGAUUUUUAUCCAAUUAACAAGCCACUCACGUCAUCGGUGGGAAACAUACAAAAUCGUAUGUAUCCUUACACGUCUCCGUCCAUUCGAUCGCUACCCACGAUCCCUAAAUGCGAAGAACCCGGGUACAGGUCACCGACGUUAUUUAUGGAUACAACGUCACAAUCGACUUACAUGGACGACUCUUAUCGGCCACAAUCACCACCCGGAAGUCCACCACCUCCAGCACCUGAGGAUCCCGUAUUUCCUAGAUCGCUGUCAUCCGCACUGUCACUGAGUCUGCGUCAAUUUCACAAUUCUACCAAAGAACUUGAUUCGCUUCAUCAGUUUCACAAUUCCUCUAAGGACCUGGACACUAUGCACCAAUUUCAUAACUCCUCCAAAGAUUUGGACGCGUUACACCAACAUCGAGCUGGUGCCAUAGUCACGGCUAAUAAAUCCGAUUCCGGUCUCUCGUCGAUGAGUGGUGGAUUGAUGUCCAGCUAUGAAAAAUCUCCAUGUUCACCAGGAAAACGAGUGUUUGAUCAAUCGUAUCAGAUCUCGGUGGCUGGUCCGUCCGGAUUAACGGUAGUAACAUGCGUAACCACUGCAUUCGACACCGAUUAUCCGUACUAUGAUAGGUCGACAGGAGUGUAUUCGACGGCAGGUCAAGGAUAUAAGUACCAGACAACUAACACACAACAGUCGUCUAUAUCUAACGUACCGGACCUGUUGGACGUAAUGUCGUACAAAGAAUACAAAAAACCCACUGAAAGACCAUACCCUGGUAUAACAGAUGCGUUGACCUAUUAUCCAAGCACCAUUAAUGAUACAUAUUAUGGUAGAGAAAACGACAGGCUGGAUAAUAAUCAACCUCGGUAUAGAUAUGUGACGACGCCUAACUUUCAGAUUCGAUGUGAAGAUGACGGUUCAAGGCGUGAAGAAAAAACGAAAAAAUCUAAGCGUAAUAUAAUCAAAUCGGCCAUGAACUCAGUCAGUAGUUCGGUGAGCAAUUGGUUUCCCGAUGUGCACUUGCCGCAACGACAUCGAUCUCAUUCACUGCCAGGUGGCUUGGAAAGGGAACCCGAUGCGGUUUCCGUACACAGUGAGACAGCUACCACAUCAAAACAACGUAGUUGGAACACACAAAGGCACGGUAGUCGAAAGAAAAAAAAAUCAAUUGUGUCUACCAUGUCUGGGCUGUUACAUAAAACAGCUAAACCUGCCCCUUUUCAGAGCUCCUAUUCAAUAGCAGAUCCGGAAUUUGCGGAAAAUGAAUGGACUCAGUUAAAAGCUGGAGAUAGGCCAACACCACCAGAACCACCACCCCUACAGCCACCAGAGCCAGCUAACAUUACCGAAGAGCAGCAGGAAGAAGAGAUACAAGAACAGAUUAAUGAAAUUCAGUUACCAGCUGAAAUGUUCAAUGGCCCGACUAAAGAAUUUGCUGUAUCCAGAAAAUUAAGUAAAUACAGAGAACACUGUAAGCUUUCGAAUGGAGGGCCAGAAGGUGAAUCGUCAGUAAUUCCAGUAGAAAAACGUAAUAAAUCACUGGAAGAACAGCCUGUUAAGCCUCACGAAGAGUUUGUGCAGCCAACAAAUAAUAUAAGAAAUUUCAAAAUGUCAUCUAGGCAAGCAAGUUUAGAGGUACCGUGGGCUGGGAAAGGAUCCGCUGACACUGAAGAUGAUAGUAGGAGCAACCAUUCAUGGAGAAGUACAUCUAGAAUUUCGUCGAGACGGCAAAGCACUGAAGAAAGUAUAGAUAGUGACGAUGAAUGGUAUUGUUAUGAACUAAAACAAUUAGAAGAACUAGAGAAAAAAACUCAUUUUGAACGGGUAUUUGGGCCACCUAUGUUACCACCACCCAGUGCCCGAAGCGAAUCGUCCAUACUUAUAUCUAAAGUUGAUUUUAAAGAAAAAAUGUCUAAAGCCAUUGAAGACAUAAGAAGACAAUCAGUAGACGAAGCUUUCAACGAAGACGCCUUCGAACAAGAACAAUCCUUGGAUACAGUCAUUGAAGAGGAAUUAAUACAAGACGACGGACCUAUAAGGUUCAAGUUAAUGAAAGUACCGGAUACUCCGGGUGGCAUUAAAAGGGAUCUUCCAGGUCAAGACCUAGACCUGGAACCGGAACAGGAACCGGAACCGGAAACGGAAAUGGCCGACGAACAAAUGGUCGUUGAAGAGGAUGAAAGUCCCGGUACACCGUCAUUGCCCAGGUUUAAAUUUGAUAAAAACGAUUUAGUAGAUAAAGAAGAGAGUGGCAGUAAAUGGAAAAUCGUGAAAGCUCUCAAGGAAAAAAAACCCGACGAGAUAAACCAGGAUAUUGGACCUCCACCUACUCCGAUUAUCGAGAAUGGAAGAGGGAGCGGCGAAAACAUUAAUAGAGCGAAUGGACACCCUGGAGACAAUCCGUUUUAUAGCAACAUCGACAGCAUGCCGGAUAUUCGACCCAGGAGAAAAUCUAUCCCUCUUGUUUCGGAACUGGUUCUCAAGACAAUGGCCGCCACAAAAAGAAACGCAGGACUGGCGUCAGGAGUUCCACGUCCUACACUCAACGACGAGGAGCUGAAAAUGCACGUGUACAAAAAAGCUCUGCAAGCUCUAAUCUAUCCAAUAUCAUCGACCACACCGCACAAUUUCGUCUCGUGGACUGCGACUUCACCGACGUAUUGUUACGAAUGUGAAGGGCUGCUGUGGGGCAUCGCCCGGCAAGGGGUACGGUGCACCGAAUGCGGGGUCAAGUGCCACGAGAAGUGCAAAGAGCUCUUAAACGCCGACUGUUUGCAAAGAGCGGCCGAAAAAAGUUCGAAACACGGUGCCGAAGAUAAAGCGAUAUCGAUUAUACAGGCAAUGAAGGACAGGAUGUUGCAACGCGAACGAGAUCAUCCAGAGAUUUUCGAACUCAUCAGAACCAUGUUUUCUGUGGAACCUGAUAUGCAUAUCGAUUCCUUGGAGCAAGCGGAAGCUAUCGUUCUUGAAGGCACUUCUAAAUGGUCGUGCAAAAUCGAAAUAACAGUAAAAUGUGCUCAAGGGCUCAUCGCAAAAGACAAAAGUGGUACAUCAGAUCCAUACGUAACUGUUCAAGUGGGUAAAGUUAAAAAAAGAACGCGAACUAUGCCUCAAGAGCUCAAUCCUGUUUGGAAUGAAAAAUUUUAUUUCGAGUGCCACAAUUCUUCGGAUCGAAUUAAAGUCAGGGUAUGGGACGAGGACAACGACCUAAAAUCGAGACUCAGGCAAAAAUUAACCAGAGAAUCGGACGAUUUUUUAGGACAAACUAUUAUCGAGGUUCGGACGUUGUCGGGCGAAAUGGACGUUUGGUAUAAUCUCGAAAAAAGGACUGAUAAAUCAGCGGUAUCCGGUGCUAUUCGAUUACAUAUCAAUGUAGAAAUCAAAGGAGAGGAAAAAGUCGCUCCUUAUCAUAUCCAAUACACGUGUCUUCAUGAAAACCUAUUUCACUCGCUGUGCGAAAACAACGCUGGAAUAGUUCACCUACCACAAGCUAAGGGAGAAGAUGGGUGGAAAUUGUAUUUUGAAUCUCCCGCGCAAGAUAUUGUAGACGAAUUCGCUAUGAGAUAUGGCAUAGAGUCCAUUUACCAAGCGAUGACACACUUUCAUUGUCUUUCAACAAAAUAUUUAUGCCCUGGCGUCCCGGCGGUAAUGAGUACUUUGUUAGCGAAUAUCAAUGCCUACUAUGCACACACAACAUCCAGCUCCGCCGUUAGCGCAAGCGACCGUUUUGCAGCAUCGAAUUUCGGGAAAGAAAAAUUCGUAAAGCUGCUUGAUCAGCUACAUAAUUCGCUCAGAAUAGAUUUAUCAAUGUAUAGAAAUAACUUUCCGGCAUCCAGUCAAGAAAAAUUAAUGGAUCUUAAAUCGACUGUCGAUUUGUUGACCAGUAUCACAUUUUUCAGAAUGAAGGUACAAGAACUUUCAAGUCCACCCAGAGCUAGUACCGUUGUCAAGGACUGCGUCAAAGCAUGUCUAAGGUCGACUUAUCAAUUUCUGUUUGCUAAUUGUUAUGAUUUAUACGGCAGAGAAUAUCAGACUGAUCCAAAUGAAAAAAGGGAUGAAGACACGGGGCCAAAGUUAGACGAUUUAGGCUUUUGGGAUAAGCUUGUAGCACUCGUUGCUUCCGUAAUCGAAGAAGAUAGAAAUAGUUAUGCACCUGUUCUAAGUCAAUUCCCAGCAGAACUCAAUAUAGGACAGUUGUCCGCAGCAACAAUGUGGAGCUUCUUCGCCGUAGACAUGAAAUAUGCUCUAGAAGAACAUGAAACACACAGACUUUGUAAAACUUCAGCAUACAUGAACCUACAUUUCAAAGUAAAAUGGCUGUUUACUAAUUAUGUAAAAGACGCACCGCCGUACAAAGACGCAAUUCCCGAGUACCCAUCUUGGUUUGAACCGUUUGUAAUGCAAUGGCUAAAUGAAAACGACGAUGUGUCUUUGGAAUAUUUGCACGGAGCUUUUAACAGGGACAAAAAGGAUGGGUUUCAAAGAAGUUCGGAGCAUGCGUUAUUUUCCAACUCAGUGGUGGACGUAUUCACUCAGCUUACACAAUGUUUUGGGGUCAUAUCAAAAUUGGAAUGUCCAGACCCCGAGAUAUCCAAUCGAUACAUGAAACGACUUGCUAAAACGAUUGUCAAAGUGUUAUUGGCAUACGUUGAUAUAGUUCAAAAAGAAUUUGACGCUAAAGAGUUAGAUGAAAGAACAGCUUGUAUAUUAAUGAAUAACAUCCAACAACUACGAGUACAACUAACAAAAAUGUUCGAAUCAAUGGGUGGUAAACAACUGGAAGAAGAUGCUACAGAUAUUCUAAACGACUUACAAACGCAAUUAUUGAAAGCUUUAGAUGAACUAUCUGGGAAAUUCGGAAAAAGUUUGGAACCUCAAAUAAAGAAAAGUGUCAAAGAACUUGGUGAGUUAUUGCAAAGUAUCAAAGGAGGUAGCCAAAAUCCACAACAAGUGUCUAUGAUGGAAGUAGACGAAAUAUUAAGGCCAUUAAUGGAUCUGAUGGAUGGCUCAUUAUCAUUAUUUGCUCAAACUUGCGAGAAACCAGUACUAAAACGAAUUCUUCGAGAAUUGUGGAAACUUGUAAUAAGAAUAUUGGAAAGAUCAGUAGUCCUACCUCCAAUGAUGGAUAAAAGUAUGAUAUUGAAAAAUCUUAGUGAAAACGCUAGAUCGCUGGCAGCUAAUGCAAGAAUUGAAGACAUGUCCAGAUUAAUUAGAAACCACAUGGCUGGAAAACAAGACGUCAAAAAUGCCCUAACAGGAGUGAUGGAUAUGGAAAAGAACUUGAAUACUAAGCAGUGCAGAGUCUUAGAAUCUGCACUAAAAACAAUUAAGACUUAUUUCCAUGCCGGUGGAAAUGGACUAAAAAAGAAGUAUUUGGAUAAAAGCUCAGAUCUUUUAUCUUUAUGCUAUGCCCUGUCGCUUUACACAAGAUCCACAGACGAACUCAUCAAGACGUUUGUGUUGUCACAAUUACAUCAAGUACCACAAAAAAAUGAUCCAUUACCCCGACAACCGUCACUGAUGAGUGGUACUGAGGUAAAAGAUGAAAUGGAUGAAAUGGAUUAUGACGAAGACGACGAAACCGAAGAGGAAGAAGCAUUAGAUGAAGCAGAAGAAGAUGUAAAAUCAAUGGGAAGUCGAAUGGAAAAACUAUUUGAAAUUUCAAGAAGGCCAUUACAAGAAAAUUACGUAUAUGAAGAACCUUAUGGAGAAAUUUCUAUUAACGUUUACAUUGAAACACAUCCGACAAAUAACGAAUUUAAGCUCACUGUAACAGUGGUUGCUGCCAACACGCUGGUGUGGCCGACGACUGGUAUGUUUCGACCGUUUGUCGAGGUGAACCUUAUCGGACCAAGACUAGCGGACAAAAAAAGAAAACAGUCGACGAAGAGCAAGUCGGGCAGUUGGAGCCCUAGGUACAACGAAGCGUUUGUUUUUUCGAUUAGCGCCAUCGAAGAUUUAGAAUGUUACGAAUUGCACUUUUGCGUGAAAGACUACUGUUUCGCUCGGGAAGAUCGACUCGUGGGCGUGGCGGUUUUGCAGAUGCGACAUGUUCCCAUAAUGGUCCGUACCGGCGAAUGGCUGGGCCUCGGCAGGCGGAUACAAAUGAACGAGACUGGGUGGACGAUUUUGCGGAUACUCUCACAGAGGUACAACGAUGACGUGGCUAAGGAAUUCGUGAAGCUCAAGUCGGAGACCAGACAGGAGGACCAGUCGUCCGUGCAGGGGUCGUAAACGCAAAACCGACGUGGGUAUUCGUCGCCAAUAGUCUUCCAGUGAAAACUAAAAAAUUAAGACUAGUUAAAACAAUAGAUUAAGUUCGAUAUAUUAUUGUACAAAAAAAAAAAAUGAAAAUCGAUCGAGUAAGAGUUGUGAAUAGUAAUAACGUAACUGCAAGGGCACAGGCAUAAUGGAAGUUCAUGUUUCCAUUAUUAUUGUAUUAUAGUCGGAAAAGUAAUAGUUUCGAAGCGAAAUAGUAACGUUGGCCCUUUUCGUAUUCAUUUUUUGUGUAGAAAAAAAUAUACACGUUCAUGGCAAUAAAUUCCGAGAGCAAAAAAAAAACACAUUAAAAAUUGACCAACAUUUUGAGUUUUAAACAAAUCAACGGGACCACUCUCAAAUUAAAAAUUAAUUAUUCAAUUUAAUACACUGCAGCAGUGUUGGUUGUAAUGAUAAAUUGUAAAACUUUCUGUGUGCGGUAGAUGCCCGGUGUACCGGGGCGUUUGGAUGGAAUAGGGUGAACACCACUAAUUUUAAGGUGGCUUUGAAUAUUUUAAUAUUCAAACAUUUGUUGUUCUAAAUUCGCAGUACAAUAUUUAGGUAAAUUAAAACUAUUCUACUGUUUAAAAUGGGGGACACGAUAAUAAUAAUAUGAUAUACAUGGUGCGCCAUGCCGCAAAUGCCGAAAUCUACCUACCUACCUACCUACCUACUGUAAUAUACCUGUUAUUAAAUGCGCUCUGUUGUUUUUAACAAACCAAUAUUUUUGUACAAAAAAUGACAUUCCAUACCAACCGCGGUAAUGUCGUUUAUAUAUCGUUACCUAUUCCUAGCACUAAAUAGGACGCAACUACAAUAUUCUGCACACCAAUGAUACAUAAUAAUAUAGAAUAAUAUAAUAUAUUGUAUCGAGAUGAUGGGACGUCAUUUUUUCUCCGGAAGUCCCGACAAAAUAUUAUGUAUUGUUGUCGCCGUUAUUGUCGUUGUUGUUUUUUGUUGUUGUUGUAGUUGUUGUUGUUGUUGUUGUUGUUGUUUCGGUCGGGCCUCUACUCCGGACACCUCUGACCGACGGCAAAUCGUUAAGCCAAACCGCUUGUAAUCGAUCCGCAAAAACCGAUUUCCAUCCGGUCGGGUGCGUGAUUGCGGAACGCAUUAUCGUUUUUAUCUCUUAUAUAUAAUAAUAUGUUAUAUUAUUCUGCAGGUGAUCAUGUCUAUUCCAAUACUCUGACUCAAGUAUAUAUUAUUAUUAUUAUUAUUGUGUAACGUACAUUUCCUUGGACUCGACGACUUGAUAAUACGAAAUUUCGGUCAUUUUAUUGUGAAACAUUGAACAUAAAAGCUGUACGGUCAUGUUUAAACAUAAUCCAUCGUUAUACCUACCAUCGCCUAUACCUAUUAUAUUACCCAUAUUUAAAUGCUUUAAACUAUUGUGCAACUCUAAUAAUAGCAUUAAACUACCUUACACGUGUUAUAUACAUAUAUAUACAUAUAUAUAUAUAUAUUGACUAAUAACGUCUUCCAUUACAUCAUGUUGUUUUCUUCUAGUACGCGUCCAUUUUGUUGAUUUCGUGUAGAGAGAUUACUUUGUCGUUCUUGUUUUCAUUCCAUUCGCUCGGUUAUUUUCUUGUAAUUUUACAUAAUAUUUUCUUAGUGUCGUUAAGUAAUUUGCAUUGUAAUCGUUUAACACUAUUCGUUCUUGAUUGAUUUUCUAGGCUAUUGAGCAUUUUACGGAUAUAACAUUUUACAACUUCCCGACAAACUCUGAGUAAACUAUAAUACUACGUGUCAGCGGGAAAAUAAUAAUAAUAAUUAUAAUAAUAGGCCUCAUUCUUAUACCUACUCUUAUUCCAAAUUCGCAUUAUUUACUUGGUAAUAUUCAACAUUUUUGGGAAACACCUAUUUUUUUAUUCAAUAGGUUAUAAUUCAUAUUAUAUCCGUCCUAAUACCCAAUUAUAUUAUUGGUCAAAAGGGUUUCACAUGUAAUAUUGUUUUCACAGCAAUAAUUAAUUCGUAUUCGUAUUGUAAAAAAAUAUAUUUAACCCAACGCAUAGUUGAAUAUUAUUUACAAAAUAAAAUGUGAUAAAACAUCGAUAUAUUCAAAUUAUUUUUUAUCAAUUGUACUGUAAAUUAAUGUUAAAAACCAAUAUUUAUUAAUAUUAUAACAAUAUGUGUAUAUUAUAUGAAUUAACUAUUUAAGCUAGCAAAACUAUUGUAAACUACAUGAUGUGCAGGUGGCCUACGUUGAAAACUUUAUACAAGAUUUUGUUUCAAAAGUUACCUUCCAAACUCUUAUCCAAAACACUCGUUAUGUUUAUUAUGUUAAUUUCCCAAACCCAACCAACCAUACCAUACAUAUCGAUCGAUCGUUUCUUAUUUUAUGUUGCUAUAAAUAAUUAUUAUAUUAGUAUUGUGCUAAUGAUAAUAUUAAUCUAUUAAUUUAUUGCUAUAAUCAUGUUUGUAAGUUCAAGUAUAGGGGCCUUUAUUUUUUAUAUUAUAUAUAACUUAGACGUUGAAUAUUUUAGUCGAAUCUGUUAAACUUCGGUUUUAGAUUGUUAUAACAAACAUUUACUAUAUAUCGUCAUUAUGAUUAACCAGGGUAAACGUAUUAAGCAAUGUGUUGUUUUUGUAUUAAUAUUUUAUUGUAAUUAUGCACUUAUAAUAAUUUUUUAACAUUUUUUUUUUAUAUAUAAUAUAAUAUAUACCAAAUUCGGUUUCUAUACAAACAUUUAUAAAAAAAAAAAAAAAAAGAAUGAAAUGAAAAAAAACGCAAGACAAUAUGAUAAUUAUAUUGUUUGAACCGAAACUAUUUAUUGUGUUACUGCCCAUAACGUAAUUUUUCGGUGUACUUUCAAACGGUGUCUAUGAAAAAUUAUUAACUUGUCUAUGCUCCUCUAUUAUCUUAGUCUUAUACUUGAUAUUAUUAUUUUUGAUUUCAUUCAAAACGAGUAAGUUAUUAAUAUUGUUAUAUUUGAUUUGUAAAGAUAAAUGAAAUCAACAAUAAUACCUAAUCAUCUAUAUAUUUAAGCUGAAUAAAGUGCGCUUUUUGUCUAUACUUCCUAAUUUAA